GACCAGGUAAAAUCAUUCACAAGUUAAUGCCAAUACAACUACACUUCGCUAGAACUUGAAGCAAAAACUUUGUAACCCCCUUUGAGAGCCACGUAAGAUUGGCUCAUGCUGGAACCUUCCGGCACACACCAUGGACUUUCCUGAAGUCACGCUGAUUUCCUUCGCCUUGCUCUGCCGGUUACGUGCUAACCAGUCCAUUGCCAUCUCUACUGCGACUUCGCUCAAGAGAUUGAUAUCGCAAAGCACUGCUGCUACCACCACCCUCGGAUCCACCUCCAUCGACACCUUUCAGCCGAUGCUUUCUCACCAAGCCUUCGACUCCUCUGCCGUGCACGAGGCACUUCUCCGCGAGAAGAUGCUCACGCGUCCGGACGCAGCCAUUGUCGAUGAGCUCAGCCACUUGACCACUGCACAGCUCAAGUCCGCAAAGAUGGUUUCCCAGGCCUUGUGGAACCACACCAAGAACAUCGACGCUGCGACCUGUGAGGCCGACGCCGAAUCUUCGGUAUUUGUUUGUGACUUGGGCGAAGUUGUGCGCAUGUACCGCAAGUGGCGCGCAAAGUUUCCGCGGAUUAGGCCGUUCUACGCCGUUAAGUGCAACCCGGACGUGAAGAUCAUCCAGGUAUUGCACGAGUUGGGCUGUGGUUUCGAUUGCGCCUCCAAGGGCGAGAUCGCCACGGUUUUGGCUCUCGGAGUCCCUUCCACCGACAUUAUCUACGCGAAUCCGUGCAAGCAGCCGUCGUUCGUGAGAUACGCACGGCUGGUGGAUGUUUCCUUGACUACGGCUGACAAUGUCGAUGAGUUGCGCAAGAUUGCGCGCUUCGACCCAUCCAUGGGAGUUUUGAUUCGUAUUGCCACAGACGACGAGAACGCGCAGUGUCGCUUGUCCACCAAGUUUGGUGCCCGCAUGGAAAACGUGCCUGAGAUUUUGCACGCUGCCCGGGAUUUGAACAUUUGCGUUCGCGGGGUCUCGUUCCACGUCGGCUCCGGCGCCAGCGACUAUUCGUCGUUGGGUAAGGCUGUAGCUGAUGCCAAACGUGUUUUUGCCAUGGCGUACGCGUACGGGUUCCGCAGCUUGGACGUUUUGGAUGUUGGCGGGGGCUUUACCCCUGAGGAUUCCCAGAUCGACGAGGCGGCCAAGGUCUUGAACAACGCGUUGGAGGUCUACUUCCCAGCGCAGCUGUUGGGGCCAGCCGAUGCGUGUGUCAGAAAUGUCCGCGUAAUCUCCGAGCCUGGCAGAUUCUUUGUGGCAAAUGCCUUCACCUUGGCUGCCAACGUUAUUGCCAAGAGAUCCACUGCUGAUACUCCAGACAUGCUUUACAUCAACGAUGGAGUGUACGGUAACUUGAACUGUAUCUUGUACGACCACCAGCAUCCUCAGGCAUAUGUGUUGACCCACGAGGGCGGCUCGAAGUACCGUUACGGCGAGCAUUUACUCUCUGGAAAUGCCGAGCAUGUUGUGUCCAUCUGGGGUCCUACCUGUGACGGCUUGGACUGCGUGGCCAGCGAGGCGUCCUUGUCCCAAUUGGUUGAGGUUGGUGAUUGGUUGUACUUUCCACAGUUGGGGGCCUACACCUCUGCUGCCACCACCCAAUUCAACGGCUUUGCCUCCGACACCAAGGUUAUCUAUGUUGCUUCUGAAGUGUAAACGGGAUUUUUGAUUUAUUUUCUUUUUUCUAUUCCUAUCCGUCUCUUUUUCCUUUUCUUUAUCAAGUUUUACGGAAGGUUUUUAUAGAACAUUUAUAUGAUAAAUGUAGAGUUCCUG